AUGGUGCUAGGUGCGAUGCAACAACGGGUGUUUGGAUGGUGGCCAGUCAACGAACGAAUGUGCAGGUUGAGGAAUCGUGGCAGGUUCUUCAAUCUGAGCAUCAUAAAUGUGCACAGUCCGCACCUUGGGAGCACCGAUGACGAGAAGGAGCUCUUCUUUACGCAGCUAGAGAAGGUGUAUGACCGCUGCCCACAACAUGAUGUGAAGAUCGUCAUCGGAGACCUUAAUGCUCAGGUCGGACAGGAGGAGGCAUAUAAACCAACAAUUGGAAGCUUCAGCGCCCACCAGCUGAUAAACGACAACGGCAUCAGGCUUAUCAAUUUUGCCUCUUCCAAGCACAUGAGCUUUAGCAGCUCAUUUUUCCAGCACGCACCUCGGUUCAGCUACAUCUGGAGAUCACCACUACAAACCUAUUCCCGAAUCGACCACGUUCUAAUAGACGGAAGGCACUUCUCGAAUAUUAUCGACGUGAAAACGUACAGAUGCGCAAACGUCGACUCGGACCAUUUCCUGGUAAUGGUAAAGCUGCGCCAGAAACUCUCCGUGGUCAACAACCAACGGUGCAAGCCUACCCCAAGGCUCUAUCUGGAUCGGCUGAGGAGUGCUGAUGUGGCGUAG